AUCUUGUGCACUUCGAAUGUGUUAUCUAGAUUUACAACAGACAACCUGUUUUGUAUGUACGUGUUUGUAUGUACGUGUAGGCUGACUGAACUUGUACAAAUAUGACAAGAAAGAGUUGGUACACUUUUCCAACUUUACUACUACUAUCUAACAACUGAGAUAGAGAAAGAAAGAGCUCUCUCUCUCCAUAAAAUCUUGCAGAGCAACUGAAUAUACAAAGAUGGCAGCAGCAAAAAUUGAGUCAAUCUUUAUAUACCCCAUCAAAUCCUGCCGUGGGAUUUCUGUUUCUCAAGCACCCAUUUGCCCCACUGGAUUUCUGUGGGAUAGGCACUGGAUGGUUAUCAAUGCGAAGGGCAGGGCAUGUACUCAAAGAGUAGAACCUAGGCUUGCUUUAGUGGAAGUGGAUCUGCCAAGUGAGGCAUUCUCCGUUGGUUGGAAGCCUACUAAGAGCUCUUAUCUGGUGAUUAGGGCACCUGGAAUGGAUGAGCUGAAGGUGUCAUUAAGCAAACCUAGUGAGAAAUCUGAAGGAGUUACAGUUUGGGAAUGGACAGGUUCUGUGUUGGAUGAAGGAGCAGAAGCAUCAAAAUGGUUCACUGAUUAUAUUGGCAAACCCAGUCGUCUAGUGCGAUUCAAUAAUGAUUCUGACUCCAGGCCUCUCCCCGAAUAUGCCCCUACUCCUGGAUACAAUCUUGUGUUUACCGACCAGUAUCAGUUUCUGAUGCUUUCCCAGGGAUCUUUAGAUGCACUUAAUAGCCAGCUGGAGGAGCCUUUACCCGUUAAUCGUUUCCGCCCCAGCAUAUUUAUUGAUGGCUGUGAACCAUUUGCUGAGGACCUGUGGAAGGAGAUCAAAAUCAACAACAUAACUUUCAUAAGCAUUCAGUUAUGUCCCCGAUGCAAGGUACCCUUAGUUAACCAAGAGAAUGGAAUACCUGGGCCAGAGCCGAAUGAAACACUGAUGAAGUUUCGAUCUGAUAAAAUCUUGCAACUGAGUACAAAGCACCAUGGAAAGGUCUACUUCGGACAAGGUUUGGUCUGCAGCAAGGACUCAUUUGAUGAAGUUGGAGGGAUGAUACUCAAAGUGGGAGAUACCAUCCAUGUGGAGAAGGUGUUUGCUUCGUAUGCUGAUGCCAUAGCUUGAAUGUAUUAACAAUCAAUCAUGCAGUUACAGUUGAAUAAGCAGUGCACCAAUGGAUAAGAAAACUUAAAGAUGAUUGUUAUUCUGUGAUUUAUCAAUCAAUUCUAGUAAGGCACAACUUUCUUGACAAAAAAAUAUAAAAAAAUUAAGCCACAACUUUAGAAUGUUA